ACCGGAAGAGAGGUGCCAAAUCUCCGGGUUCUCCUUCAGCACAAAUGCAUGCCGCUCAAACAACUUCUGUAUCUCGCUGAAUGGAGCUGGCUACUUUUUCUGUUGUCGCUUCGAUCGGCGCAGGUGUCAACUUGUAGUUCCGAGUAUGACAGUUUUACGCAGCUAGUUUCUAUGUGGAAAGAUAUCGAGCUGCUGGAAGUUGUGGUGCCUACACUCAAGCGCACAGUUCUUUUCAGCACGUCACCUUUUCUUUUUUCGCUUUUUCGAAACUGGAGACAAGCGUGUUGUUGCCGCCGCUGUAGAUCGUUUUUGCCCUGACGGAAGCUGGCUCGUUGGACGGCGACACCCCGCGGUUCCGUGGGCCGGUUUCCAUCGGGCGCUUCCUCCUUUCUUCACCAACUAAGCGCUGGCACAAGUUUUUUCGUACAUUUCCCGGAAGGUCCGCAUUUGUGCAUGUUGCGCCACUUCGGUGGCGGGUUCAUGCCUUGGCGUCACCUAGACAUCAGCUCGCUUCACUGGGUGGACAGCGCCAGGUUCGGCAGUCAUUGUAAGCGUUACAACCAGGAGUCAGCGACAGAGCGUCUGCGCGAAGGAGAUGCAUGGAACCCAUCAACCGUGCUUGCCGUGAACCCCUCCGUUUCAACAAUGAGUAACGGGGCCGUGGCCGACUCUGCUGGUGAUUCGGGGCAGCAGACACCGGAGGAAACCAGAGGCUCCAGAGACACUUUCGUUUUUGGGCCGUUCAAAGAAUGGUUGAAACACCACUGCAGUCUCUCAAAAAAGGACCAUGCCCUAACUGCCGAGGAUCUGAAGGUUAUGGAAGGCACGUACUGGCUGGCUCGCAUUGUUUUCUUCCGCACUUUGGGAUUCGUGUACUUCACGGCUUUCCUUAUCGCCCACAUGCAGGGACCGGGCCUCUUCGGACAGGAUGGUUUGCUCCGCCUCGAGGAUACGCCUCCGUGCAAGAGCAGUGGCCAAGACAGCCGAGAGUUGUGGACACGCUUCGCUGCUGAGCCGUCUCUCUUCCACUUCUUCAGCUGCACGGACGCAUCCCUCCUGUUCAUCACGUCCAGCGGUCUGGUUCUUUCAGCCGUGCUCAUCCUCACUGGAGGCGUCACUGUGCCAGUGCUCUUGUGGCUGUGGCUGUCGUACAUGACGAUUCAGGCAGCCGGUCAGAGGUUCUACACUUUCACCUGGGACACUCUGCUGCUGGAGGUCGGCUUCUGGGCGAUGCCUUUGACGCUGGUCUGCUUCUUGCGCCCUUUCUUGCCACUGACGAGCGCUCCUUCACCCUCUAAUACGACGCCGGAUGGUCCUGGCGCACGGCCCUCGACCCUGAAAUCUGCGACGAUGUCACAGUCUGCGGGAGGUGGCGGCGUUUCCGGCGCUCAACUCGACCCCGGCCAUCCGAAAGAGGGAGCAGACGGUCGUGGAAGUACAUCGGCUGCCGCGGAGCUCUCUUCGACAGAUGGCGUUCGCGAAAAUCCCUCUGGUCCUGAGAGCGACAGUUCUUCCAGUGGGAAACGUUCCACCCUGCGAGGUCAGCAGAUGCUGAGGUGGCCGCGCGCAGCCCUCCAGCUUCUUCUUCGGUGUUGCCAUUCACUCGUCUCUCCCGGGGCGCCAUUCUUGCCACCGACCUGGCCAACCCCAUGGAUUUCUGUGUGGGGAUACCGGUGGUUGUUGUUUAGACUGAUGCUCGGCGCAGGCCUCAUCAAACUCCGCGCAGACACUGCGUGGACCAACCUGACAGCGAUGCAGUGGCACUACGAGACUCAGCCGCUCCCGAACCCUGUUGCCUGGUUCGUGCACAUGUUGCCUAUGAGCAUGCACAAGUUUGAGGUACUGAUGAAUCACUUUGCGGAACUGGUUCUCCCCUUCGCCGUCUUGUCCCCCUGGAGACAACUCCGCUUGUUCUCCGGCUGCUUCCAACUUCUCUUCCAAGUCGCCAUCAUCAUCACGGGAAAUCUGGCGUUCAUCAACUGGCUCACAAUCGUCUUCAUUGUGUUUCUUUUCGACGACCGAUUCCUCAUGUGGUUGUUUCCGACUUCGACUCUGAAUAAAUUGCGGCCUCUCCUCCAGGGCUGUCCGGGCAACUGGUCUUUCCCGUCGAGCGACUCUGUGACCAAAGACACCAGCACAAGUGUCUCGAAGAGCGAGUCCGAGAAGUCCCCAAGGGAGCCACAAGCUUGCAGUGAACAGAGGCCGCUCUUGCGCAACGACGUAAAACUCAGAGAAACCUCAGAAGCUGAAGAGGCGCACUGUCCUCCAUCUUCGUCAUCGGCCACCACGGCUGCGGUGUCUCGAGCGCUUCCGUGGCGUCUCUUGACGGGGCCAAAGUGGACGGGGCGGGCACUCCGGCGCAUGCUCGCAACCUGGGGCUGCUGGCGAAUUCCGUUGUUUCUGUUCAUCGCGGCCGUUCUGGUCACCAGCGAUGGCAUUCUUCUUCUCCUUCUCGGGAAAGCCGCUACAGCCCCAUCCUUGUCGACGACACUCGUCUGGGAGUCUGCGGGUCUCCUUCUUCUCAUCCUGACUUCCGUGGUGGCUUUGGGCGGUCUUGCCGGGGCCGCGGGAGUCCCGUGGUCUCUUCUGGGGGCAGCUGUAUCUGCCUUUUCUCCCCGUUUCACCGUAGAGAACCAACACCCUCUGACAAACCUGGCGUCUGUGGAGCGGUCGGAGACAGCAGAGAAUGCGAGCUUACCAACACACCCUCAAGACUCUGAACGGCGCGGCACGGUGCUGCGCCGGCCUCGACAGACUGAGGAGGAUGUGGGAGGACACGAGGGCGGAGUAGUCGAGAGUCGAAGACAGUCGAAGUCUGUGGUCGAUGCAGACGAAGGCCGCGAUGAGGCAAAACUUCUGUGGAAAAGAACGCAAGAUGUAGGAGCCCUUGCCUUCGAGGUUCUGGUCGCCGGCGUCGUGCUUGCGAAUCUCCUGUUCAUGCACUUUCACCUCGGUCCAACUUUCGCCGGUCUUGAUCUCCUGACCGGGUUGCUCUGCGUCCUUUUGUUUGCCUUCGCACAUCGCCACUGUUCAAACUCCUUCCUUGUUCUGCGUGUGAUGACGGAAGUGGGGCUCCUUAUCGUUCUGGUUUGGCGUUCGAUCCCCGUUGUCGAGAAUCUUCUCUCGCCCCACCAGAUCAUGAACGAUACAUACGACUCCUUUCGCCUCGUUAACAGUUAUGGUCUUUUCGGAUUCAUGACCAAGCAACGGGAGGAGCUCGUCAUUCAGGGAACGUAUGAACCAGAUCCCCCGUCGGCACCUGCCAACCCAGCGUGGCAAACAUAUGAGUUCUACUGCAAGCCCGGAGACAUAGACCGGCGUCCAUGUUUCGUCUCGCCAUACUAUUACCGCCUAGACUGGCUGAUGUGGUUUGCCGCGUUCAACGCCGACUUGCAAGCUCCAUAUUGGCUCCUUCGGCUAGUCAAAAAAAUGCUUGCCAACGAUCCCAAAACUUCGGCUCUGCUCGCGCACAAUCCCUUCCGAGGAAAACGCCCUCCCACAUUCAUUCGAAUUCUCCGCUACGACUACCACUUUGCGUACAAAGGAAAGGAACAGGACAUGUACGAGCAGGGAAAGUGGUGGCAGAGAAAGUAUUUGUCCGAGUUUCUGCCACCUGUUAGCGCCGCCCUGUUCCGCAAGAUUUGAUACUGUGACGAGGAGAACGCCGUACAAAUUUUCUUUUGCAGGCGGUCACGAAGGACUUAGAGUUGACCGGCAGUUCUCCAGUUUUUUCAAGGCUAAAAAGUACCGUUUGUCUUGCAUCAUACAAAACAGGGACUGGCAAAAUUUCUACGGUGCACAUACACCAAGUGUCGUCGCUGCGAAAGGGGAGCUCUUCAGUGCCGGAACUCACAGCCCUUAGCCAAGUGUUGGAUAGUUCAGGAUUUCUCGAGAACUUUUUAGGUGGUAUUUGUGAACGACAUUUUGUUUUUGGGGGGCAACCGGUUUGUGUCCUUUGGAGAAAAGGCCAAGAUGCUGUGUGGCUUACUGCCAGUCUGUGGCUGCAGUCGUUGAACCGACAACAGCAGACAGUUCAGCAACAGGCAAAGGGCACUAUGUCUCGGGAGGACCUCAAUGGCAAAGAUAGCGAGACUUCUCUAGAUGCCUCGCACUGCAAGAAGCAGUAGAAAAUAAACGCAUUCUCAGAUGCCCUGUGAACUCAUGACGUUGGGCUAAGACCGCAGGCUCCUGCGAGGCAGCUGCUGGCGGUCUGCUCUGUUGACGGCAUUAUGGGGAGUUCACUUUAAGCUUUGUUGUGUCGAACUUCAUUGGUUACAAAUGAAGUUUUAUGCACAUCACUGUAAGAGAACAAACGGGAAGGCAAUCGACCUGGCCAUGCGAGUGCGUUGUCGAUCAUUAAAACGAUCCUUUGUGUUACAUCUUAUCUUGC